AUGAUUCAAGACCCUACGAAUUCUCCCCGCCUUGAUGCUCUAUCGUCUAGAAACAAGGAAAAUGUUCCUGGAAAGCUUUUCAAAAAGUUCAAAUGUCCAUCCUUAAUAAUAUCUGAAAAACGAAAGGAAUUGCCAUUAAGAAAACGACCUAGGAUUAAUUACAAUGAAUAUGGUUCUAGCGACAAUGGAAGUGAUUCUGUCUAUGUGACGGAGGAGAGAGCCGGUCUAGCGGCCAUUAAAGAAGCAAAUCGCUGUGUACUUUCCCAUGAAAGAAAAGAUCCUGACACAGUAAUAAAAAAAAAAUUCUCUGUACCGAAACCAAUAAAAGGACAUGAAGACCUGUCCAAAAUUAGUUUCAGCCGGCCACCUCCUACGUUAGGAAUGAAACGAAGAGCAGACUUUAUUGCUAGGCCACUAUAUGAUCCUGCUGAUGAAUUUGCAAUUGUUUUAUAUGAUCCCACUACUGACACUCACGAAGAGGUUCCCGAUAUCAAAGAAUUUUUGGCAGAAAAGCGAAAGGUUGACCAAGAAGCAAAAUCCAAAAAAGGAAAAAAACAGAUACUCGAGAACGAGUCUGACACCGAAGAAGAAGCUAAUCAAAGUAAUGAUUCCACUCAACCUCUUAAUGAAGAGACACCAACCGAGUCAGCAGAGUCGGCAACAACGGCCAAAGGGAAAUUUAAAAGACAGAAUAAAAGCUUAAAAGACUUACUUGGAAUAAAAAAAGAGAAGCCACCACCACCACCCGUACCUGUUGUAAUCGACCCAAAGCUAACUCGCAUUUUACGUCCACAUCAAAUUGAGGGUGUGAAGUUUUUGUACAAAUGUGUUACGGGACGUGUGGAUCGUGGUGCGAGCGGCUGCAUUAUGGCAGAUGAGAUGGGUCUCGGUAAAACCUUGCAGUGUAUUGCUUUGCUAUGGACUUUGUUGAAGCAAUCUCCUCAAGCUGGAAAGCCGACCAUUGAAAAAGCAAUCAUUACCUGUCCGUCAUCGUUAGUAAAGAAUUGGGCUAACGAAUUGGUAAAGUGGUUGGGAAAAGAUGCAAUAACUCCAUUUAUCGUUGAUGGAAAAUGCUCAAAACAGGAGUUAAUUACAGCUUUGCAGCAAUGGGCUCAAGUGCGAGGUCGCCAAGUUACCCGGCCAGUCUUAAUUUCUAGUUAUGAAACCCUUAGAGGUUAUGUUGAUUGUUUAAAGAACACAGAGAUUGGCGUUUUAUUAUGUGAUGAAGGACAUAGAUUAAAAAAUAGUGACUCUUUAACAUUUACCGCUCUAGACAAACUAAAUGUCCAAAGAAGAAUUAUCCUUUCUGGUACUCCCAUUCAGAACGACUUAAGUGAAUAUUUUUCGUUGUUGAAUUUUGCAAAUCCAGGCCUUUUAGGUUCACGACAAGAGUUUCGAAAAAACUAUGAAAUUCCGAUUUUACGUGGGCGUGAUGCAGACGGCUCAGAGAAGGACAAAACGAUCGGGGAUACAAAAUUGGCUGAAUUGGCAAAAAUUGUAAAUCGAUUUAUUAUUCGCCGUACCAACGAUAUUCUAUCUAAAUACCUACCCGUUAAAUAUGAACACGUAGUUUUCUGUGGUUUGUCUGAUUUCCAAAUGAAGCUCUAUAACCAUUUUGUUACAUCCCCAGAAAUAAACAAAAUUUUAAAAGGGACUGGCAGUCAGCCGUUGAAGGCGAUAGGCAUCUUGAAAAAAUUGUGCAAUCACCCUGAUUUGCUGAAUAUAUCGGAAGAUUUGGAAGGGUGUGAAUCGUUAUAUCCUGCUGGAUUCAUUCCGCGUGAACAUCGUGGGCGUGACCGUAACAUUGAUUCUUCUCUCUCUGGAAAAAUGUUGGUUUUAGAGAGAAUGCUUGCUCAAAUUAAGCGAGAAACAGAUGAUAAAAUAGUAUUAAUUAGUAACUAUACGUCAACACUAGAUCUAUUUGAGCAACUUUGUCGUGUACGUGGCUAUAAAGCUUUGCGUCUGGAUGGCACAAUGAAUGUCAAUAAACGUCAGAAGCUGGUUGAUACUUUUAAUGACCCAGAGAAAGACGCAUUUAUUUUUCUUUUGUCUUCCAAGGCCGGUGGUUGUGGUAUCAACCUUAUUGGAGCCAAUAGAUUAAUUCUUUUCGAUCCCGAUUGGAAUCCAGCUGCUGAUCAACAAGCUCUUGCACGGGUUUGGCGUGAUGGACAGAAGAAGGACUGUUUUGUCUAUCGCUUUAUCGCAACUGGCACAAUCGAAGAAAAGAUUUUCCAACGUCAGUCUCAUAAGCAAUCUCUAUCGUCUUGCGUUGUGGAUGAAGCUCAGGACGUUGAACGUCACUUUUCUUUGGACAAUCUUCGCCAUCUAUUUCAUCUUAAUGAAAACACUAUAUGUGAAACUCAUGAAACCUUCAAGUGUAAGCGCUGUCGAAAUGGCAAACAAUUUAUUCGGGCUCCUGCAAUGCUAUAUGGUGACACCAGUACUUGGAAUCAUUUCACCAAUCCUACUCUAGAGAAGAUUGAAGAUCAUUUAUUGAAGCGAGAAUGCGUACAAAUCUCAUUAGCUCUGUUUGUGGAUAUAUUCGUUUUUUCUCCUACCAUGUUUGAGGAAUGA